GUGCCGGCCCCUCGUCCCCUGACGGAGCAGGCCCUGAGGGACGGCCUCUCUCUCCUCUGCAAGACCGGUAAUGGCCUGGCCCACGCCUAUGUGAAAUUUGAAGCCAAAAACAUGGACUUGACAGACAUCAGUCUCCUUGAGUGCUUCAUUCACCUGCGGUACGUGGAUUUGUCAGAGAACAAGCUGCAAGAUUUGUCUCCGCUGAGCAGCCUAACCCACCUGCUUUGGCUGAAGGUGGAUGGGAAUCUGCUUACCAGUGCCUGCAUGCAGGAGCUGCCCUACCUCCAGAUCAUCAGCUUUGCUCAGAACCGCAUCAAGGAUAUGGAGGGCAUUACUCACCCCCGCUUAGCCAACCUCAGCCUGAAAGGAAAUAAAAUCCAGACAGCGCUGGGCCUGAGUCAAGGCCAGUUGUUCAACUUGCAAAUCCUGGAGCUGCGAGGAAACAAGAUAGAGAGCACAGCAGGGCUCAAUCUUCCCAAGCUCCAGAACCUCUAUCUGGCCCAGAAUGCCAUUCGGAGCCUUGAAGCCCUUGAGGGGCUUGGACAUCUGACGAUUCUGCACCUGCGUGACAACCAGCUUGAGACCCUGGAUGGAUUCUGCAGUAGCAUGAAGUGCCUGCAGUACCUCAAUCUACGGAACAACAGGAUCAGCAGCCUUCAGGAGGUGGAAAAACUGCAAGUCCUCCCCAUGCUGCAGGCACUGGUGCUGUCGGACAAUCCAUGCUCUGAGGAACCCAAUUACCGGCUGGAGGUCCUGGUCCUGCUGCCAAACCUGCAACGCCUUGACAAGGAAUUGUUUGAGCAAGAUGAGCAGGCAGAGGCAAACGAAAUGCGUCUGAGAAGAUUACGUGAGGAGAAGGCUGAGGGAG